AUGCAAUUCAUGCUACUGUUCAGCCUACUGUUCAGCCGGCAGGGGAAACUUUGGCUGCAAAAAUGGUACCUGGCCACCUCAGACAAGGAGAGGAAGAAAAUGGUCCUGGAACUCAUCCUGGCUCGAAAGCCCAAGAUGUGCAGCUUCCUGGAGUGGAGGGACCUCAAAGUCAUCUAUAAGAGGUACGCCAAUCUCUAUUUCUGCUGCUCCAUAGAAAGUCAAGACAAUGACCUGAUCACAAUGGAGUGGAUCCAUCGAUACCUAGAGCUCUUGGACAAGUACUAUGUCAGCGUGUGUGAAAUGGACAUCAUCUUUAACUUUGAGAAAGCCUACUAUAUCCUGGAUGAGUUUUUGAUGGGUAGGAACAUCCAGGACACCUUCAAGAAUAGUGUGCUUAAGGCCAUUGAGCAGGCUCACCUGCUGCAGGAGGAGGAUGAGUCACCGCACAGUGUCCUGGAGGAGAUGUGCCUAGCAUAG